GCCUUGCUAACUUUAUUUUUUGGCAUCUGUCCUAUCGCACCAACGACGCCAACCCCUGCCAACGACGAACGACAAUGGUAAGCACUUCCGAACUAAGCGUAUCCCUCGCCAAGGCUGCCCGCCAGAACCGGCCUAUCCCCCAAUGGUUCCGCCUAAAAACUGAUACUAAAAUCCAGUACAAUGCCAAGCGCCGGCACUGGAGGCGGACGAAACUCAACAUUUAAGCACUCCCAUACUAUAUCCUCCACUACGUUUCACAUCACUCCGACUGUCAUGGGAGGCGGAGUUCUGCAGGGGCAGAGACGCUUUGAUGGCGUGCGCCCCAAAGCAUUUGGGAAAUGCAGCAUGUACCCUCUUAUGAUGUGUAUGACCAUGCAUCCAAAUCUGCAUACAGCAAUGAUCCAUCGUUUGCAUAAGUUCGUGGUAUGAGAAAGAUGGAUAUCUGUCGCUACUUUGAUGGGAAGCAGCGUACAAAACGUCGUGUCUUUUUUUCCGUCUACCCGGCGGCUUUGUGAAUUAGAUAGGGA